AGUGCGCACGGAGUCGAGAGAGACGCUGCAGGUGAGCCGGGAGUUCUGCGGUUCUGCGCUGUCCCCGCACCCCCACGACCGCUACCAGCAGGAGGGGAGGAGAGCUGAGGCGAGGCGACGCGACGCAGGGACUCUCUCUGUACAUUGAGGAGGCCUCCCGGCUGCACCAGGGGUAGCCGGAGUGAGCGGCGCCGAGGCGAUACAGCUUGACAGCCUUUUAAUGAUGGGUCUGAAGAAGCUACCACUGGAUACAAGUGAGAGUGACUCUGAGGAGUUACCCACAUUUAACUUUCUGACACAGAAGCCAGCUUUAACAAAGAGCAGCCAGGUUGUUGUGGUCCACAACUCAGAUGCUGAGUGUUUUUCUUCAUCUUCAGAAUCUAAAGAGCUGCCAGCUUUGCAACAGGCAGCCGGAUCUGUUUCCCAGAAAGAGCCAGUUACGGUGCUAAGUAGUGAGAGUGAAGAGGAAGAGGAGCUUAUUCCCCUGGUACAGAGACUUCAGUGCAGAAUAACAAAUAGUUUUUCUAAAGCACAAGAAUCAAGUCAUCAGGACUUAAGCUCCCAAACUAAAUGUGCUUUGGAGUAUCGGCACAAUGAAGAAACAGCACGUGAAUGGGAAGAACAGCCCUUUCCAAAGGCCCUUGUUCUCUCUAAUUCUUCCUCAGUUAAAGGUACUUCAAAGAAUGGCAGGGACAUCGUUGUUGAAGAAGAGUCACACAAUCAUCUUCCAGCCUAUUCAUCUGUCUUCCCAGUCCACAUGAGAAAUUUGUCAGCCACAGAAGAAAAUCCGGUGCUCUCUCCUCCCCAGAAAAGAAACAAGUACACUCAGAAGGAGACGGGAAGAGGCUGGCAGGGUCCCCUCCAGACCCAAAGAAAACAGAAGGAAACUGAGCAGAGACAGCAGGAGAGAGAGAGAAAGAAAGCAGUGGCCAACAUGCUGAAAGCACAGAAGCCAGAGGAAUGUCUGAAACACAUCACAGUUGUGUUAGAUCCAGCUCUCUUACAGCUCGAUGGUGGUGGUCAGGUCCUCAGUGCUCUGCAGGCUAUGGAGUGUCACUGUGCAAUUGAGGCACAAACCAUACCAUGUAGCAUUACUUGGAAGAGGAGAGCCAUCCUGCCUCAGGUUGAAGAGGGAAACUUGACUGAAGAGCCAAUCAUUCUGGUCCUGCUCCAGGAAAAGGAGUUUAUGACCAUGAUCUACAACUCAAAGCAGGACAGCCCUGAAGGGAAGGAAACUCUGCUGAGCUUUGUAACUUGGGUCACAGCAAAGACAUCAGGAAAAACUCUGUCUCUGGCAGUCGUGGAAGAGGAAAAAUAUUUUAGCUCUCUGAAACCCCAGAGGAGGCAAAGACAGGGAGUGGUGAAUAGUCAAAGCAAAAGGAAAGUAAAUCAGAAGGGAUCAAAGGUGGACAGAGAGUUCACUCCAGCACUGUCCAGGGUAGAAGUAGAAAUGGCUUUAGUGGAGUUGCAGCUUCACACAGAAGCCCAGAUUAGAAUCCUCAAGAGCUGGAAGGAGCUGUCCGACUUCAUCUGUAUGUUCACCAAGGCUGUGGCUGAGGCACCUUUCAAGAGAUCUCGGGAUCUGACUAAUUUUUCCUUCUGUCUGGCGAGUGAUUGGGCUGGAGGGGUGAAAGUGGACUGCUCUGGUAAGGGACUUGCACUGGUCUGGAAGAGGCAGAUUCAACAGCUGAACCGAGUUAGCUUGGAGAUCGCUAGUGCAAUUGUAACUGCCUAUCCCUCACCUCGGCUUCUGCUACAGGCAUAUCAGCAAUGUUUAUCUGAGCAAGAAUGUCACAAUCUGCUUGCAGACAUCCAGGUGCGCCGAGGAGAGGGUGUAACAUCUACUUCUCGCCGGGUUGGACCAGAGCUCUCUAGGCGCAUCUAUUUUCAGAUGACCACUUUGCAACCAGACCUGUCUCUGGAUGGCUCAGAAUGACUCCUAACCAAAACUAAUGGUUGCAAGCACUCUAAUAUCCUUUUGCAGGAGUAAGUGGGAGCAGUGAUCCUGUCAAUUCAAUUUCAUUCCCUUUCCUGAAGGAAGCUAACAUGACUAAAUUCAGGAGGGUGACCCAGAGAGAACUUGUCCCCUACCCAACAAAUUAGGCAAAAAGUUAAAUCUACAUGCACAUGGAUCAAAGAUAGCCCACAAGACACUUAUUUAAUAACAAUUAUAAAAACCUAAAAACAGUCCAUUAUAAAGUUUAGGAAAUUCUAAUAACUGUGAUUGAAAGGGAGUGUUAAAACUCUUGAUGGUUUGUCUGUGGGCUUACUCACUAUAACCAAUCCCCUCACCUCUUAUAAAUCACAACAUGGAAUGGCAAUCUCUAUCAUGUGGGCAGGAGUGGAUCACUGUAUAUCUGUACUUGCUUAGAAUAGUUAUGUGCUUAUACAAUAAAGUAAUUAUAGAAA